AUGCUCGGACAACUGGCCAAGAUUGGUACUGGUUGUUUCGACUUGAUGUUGGAUGAUAAACAGUGCGUCAACGGAAUGGAUAUUCCAAGCGAAAUUCCAUCAGGACACCUAGCAGGCGGAGACAUAUACGGUCUGACCUCGAUGCCUCCCGUGGGCGCGACCCUCAUGAGCACAACACAAAAGACCCCAUGGGAACAACAAAACUUUGAAACUCCAAACUACAACUGUUUCUCACCAGAUGCAAGCCUGUCACCGGAAUUUUCUGGAGGGUUUUCACCCGCAGAUAACACAGGAUUCAGUACCAGUUUUUCUCCAGCUGCUAUGUCUCCUGGAUCUCAAACACUAGCCAGUCCCUCUUUUCCAAGUCCAGCUGGAGCAUUUUCACCAUCCUACAUCUUACUCACCAACAUCACCAUCAUAUGCACCAACGUCACCAUCAUAUGUACCAACAUCACCAUCAUAUACACCAACAUCACCAAGCUAUUUGCCGGCAUUACAACCAUCCUCACCAAGCUACAACCCAUCCAGUCCUGCUUACAGUCCAUCCUCGCCUUACCUGUCUUCCUCAUUAUCUUCUGGUGCUUCCCCAAGAUAUUCCCCAACUUCCCCGGCUUACUCACCCACUUCCCCGGCUUACUCACCAACGUCUCCAGCAUAUGUACCAUCAUCACCAACCUACUGGCCGACAUCACCAGAAAGGUCGUCGUCAUCACCGGUCUACAACCCAUGCAGCUCUGGUUAUGCUCCAUCAUCGCCAAGAAAGCCAGAAAGAGGAGAAAAUUUGGAGCCGAGUGUGGCGAGGCGAUUAACAAACAAGAAAUUCAAAUAUCAUGGAACAGCGAUGACAGUUUGUCAAGCACGCUAAAAACCUACUUCAUCACCAGACACAAUGCAAGGAAGGUCGAUGGUUUGGUAAAUAACAUUUUAAUUUUAAUCGAUGCAUCAAAUGAUCAAGUUCAAAGUAACUUCAAAGACUGUAAAAAAACAUUCUUUGCUCUUUCGUUCGCGCAUAACAAUUUUUCAAACAAAGAAACGACAUCAAAGUUUUUUUUAAAUCUUAAACCCCAAUCGAGUAAAAUGUUUCAAUUAGAGAGCAAUGAAAGCAACAAGAAAAGUAUUAAAACACCUGUAGAGCAUCAAAACAGCUACAAAAAUAUGAUGAAACAAGAUUUUCUUUUUCUAGUGGAAGAAAAUGAAGAAAUUCAUUUCAAAAUUGGCUCUGACGCCGAAUGUUGCAUAUGCUGCGAUGGGCUGGGUAACACACCUGAAAGCGUCUACUUGAGAGAUUGCAGACAUGUUUUCCACCUACACUGCUUGAAGAGACUCUAUUUAACAAAUAACCAACUCAAAUUUCCUUUCUGUUGGACGGUGUACGAGAUGAAGUUUGGAGGCCAUCAGGAUGACGAAAAGGUUGAACGGACAAGUCUAAAUGACGAAGAUGAAGAUGGCGAGAUUAUCAUUAACAUUUUGAGUGACGAAGAUAACGAUGUAGAUGAAUACGAUGGUGAUGGUGAAGUUAAUGAUGAUCUACGUUACCUCGGCAACACAUUUCAAAAUUUUUAUGAAAUUGUCGACGUUGAAACUGAUAUCAAAAUUGUCAAGAGACCAUACUCUAGUAUAAUGGUCAGAUUGUGCAAUGGGUUAAAACCAGUGGCGGCUCUAACGCUUAGCAGACUGAGCAGCUGCUAG